CAUGCUUUCUUAUGCUGCCACUGUUCUACAAGCCCAAGCCAAAGCUGCAAACAGAGAGCACCAGGAGAACCCAGAACAAAGUAUACAAAACCAAAUUAUCAGAGGUACUGACAGCACACAAAGCAAAGUAACAGAGCAAAGUCAAGCUGUCUCAUGCCCACAAUACCAAGCAAGUCUUGAUAUUACCACUGAGCAUCACAUGGUGCCACAAAUAAUCAGUCAUAGCCAGUCAAAAACUAACUCUGAAUCCUUUCAUCAGUCAGAUUCAAGAUCAACAGAAUGCAGUCCAACACAGGUAGAAGAAGGCAACUAUGACGAUAAGUCAAGCUUUGUGGCCAGAAGUGUGUCCCCAUCACUUAGAUAUCCAUCAGACCACUUCCUGAAGACCAGAGAGGAAGUUUAUGUCCAUUCACAGAUUUCAAUGGAAGAUUCAGACGAGGGAGGGCAGUCACCCUCUGCACCUACACAGUGCCCCACUUCUUUGGGAGACCUUCAAGGCUGGGGGUCCCAGUUAGUGGGACAGGAUGCACCGCAAACCACAUGUGAACCACAAUCACCUAUACUUACCAACAGUUCAGUCUCCCACACCAGCUCUUUGCUUGGCACCCCUUUAAGUGAAUCUGUCUAUUCUACUCAAAGAGGACUUGGAUUACCAUUUUCUGGAGAUUUGAUGGAGGGUGAGAAUGAUGAAGAAGAGCUGGAGAAGAUAACUGAUAAAGAGAGCACAGAAAGACAACACUCAGGAUCUUGCGAUCUGCUAAGCUUCACUGAGGAGCUGGUUGGAGGUUCAUCAUUUCAACAAACAGGCUUACAAACUCUUGAGCCACAGAGGCUCCUACCAAAUACAGUGGAUUACUAUAAUGGCCAACCAGUAAGGACUGUUGAUUGUGAUGAAUGGUUGACUGAACAACACAUUGGAGAUCAUCAAUCUUCUCAAGAUCGCUUUGCACCUGUUUCGAGAAGACAACAAGAUGCGACUUCACAGCUUUCCUCCUCGCCAACCAACGAGAACGCUGCUUACCAGUGGACAGGAACUGAGAAUGUAACCCAGGGCCAAACACAAUACGGCUACAGCUACCACCACAUUGACCAUAGAACUGAAAACCAGUGCGCCCAAACAGCCUGUAUGGAUGAACAUGGUUCUGAGUUUCAAUAUAUAGCUGAAAGCCAGUAUGGAGAUGACUCCAACUCCAUGUUCGCCUAUGAACUCCAGUCCUCUCAGUAUCAAGCUGAUGGCCAGAGUCGGAAUGAGACUUACGAGUUUGACGGACAGCCUUUCUACCAAUCAAAUGUCCACCCUGAGAGGGAAGAUCAUGCGCUGUAUAUGCCAGAGGAAAAUAUGUACUCUCUCCCAUCAAGACACUCCCAACAGGGAGACGGUGCAUCGGGGGUUAUGAUGAAGACGGCCUCCAGCGAGGAGGCUGCUGAGGAGAUGGAUAACAGAGAAGAUGCACCAUCCUCAGCUGAUGUGUCAGGGGGCUCCAAUCAGAGGAGAAAGUUGACAGCUCCCCCAAUGAAUGUGUCACUGGACCGCAGUGAGGGGUCUCUUCUCUCAGAAGAUGUCCUGGACACUGAGGACGAUGCCUUGGAUACUGGAGAUGACCUGGAUGUCAAUGUAGAUGAGCUGGACAGUCCUGAUGAGGCCGACUCACUGGAGUUCAACAUACACGGUGACUCAGAAGAGUCAAAUAUGGAUGCAGGAGCAGCAUCAGGUGAUGCGAUUGCAGCACACAGAGCAGCUGAGGAGAGCAGGGAAAACCGUCUGUGGAGGAGUGUGGUGAUCGGAGAGCAGGAGCAUCGCAUUGACAUGAAGUGCAUUGAGCCAUUCAAAAGAGUCAUUUCUCAUGGAGGUUAUUAUGCUGAACAAAAUGCCAUCAUCGUGUUUGCAGCAUGCUUCCUACCAGACAGCGACUUUGACAAUUACAAUUAUGUAAUGGAAAACCUUUUUCUGUAUGUAAUAAGUACGUUGGAACUAAUGGUGGCAGAAGAUUACAUGAUUGUUUACCUGAAUGGUGCCACACCUCGCAGAAGGAUGCCGGGCUUUACCUGGAUGAAAAAGUGCUACCAAAUGAUAGACAGAAGACUGAAGAAAAAUCUUAAGAUGUUCAUCAUUGUCCAUCCUUCCUGGUUCAUAAGGACUCUGCUGGGAAUCACCAGACCCUUCAUAAGCUCCAAGUUCAGCAGCAAGAUAAAGUAUGUGAACAGUCUGCGAGAGCUUGGAGAAAUCAUCCCUAUGGAGUACGUCCACAUUCCCCCCAGCAUUGUAAAGUAUGACGAGGAGAGGGGUAUACACAAAUUUGCAUGCAUGAGGUAAAUCAACUAACUUGUCUGUAGCCUACUGACAUUUUUUGAAUUUUCACAUGCAGGGACUAACCUUUUACUGACUAUUGGCUGCCUUCUUCUUCAACAUAAAAUGAGAAAGAUUUUGAUUUGCUUAUUUCUCUCAGUUUGUGAUGUUCGUGUACUGUAGCUCGGUUAAUAUUUUUGUUAAAUGUUAGUUGAGAUCUAAUGAC